AUGUCCCUCCAUCUCUCACCUGACCCCCCCUCACGCUCCCUCAAGGGAAAAGUGGCCAUCGUCACCGGCGCCGGUUGUGCCGGUGAUGGCAUCGGUAACGGUCGCGCCAUCUCCAUCCUAUUGGCCGAUGAUGGAUGCGACGUCGUCUGCCUGGACAUGGAUCUCACAUGGGCCACCAAGACCGCUGAGAUGGCCAGCAGUAAGCCAGGCCGUGGCAGGGCUAUCCCAUUCCGUGGAGACGUCACUUCCGCCAAAGACUGCGAGGAUGUCGUCAAUUUUGCGCUGUCUCAGUUUGGCCGAUUAGAUAUCCUCAUCAACAAUGUGGGUAUCGCUGGUGCUCCUGGGACUGCUGUCGAGGUAGAUAUGGACAAGUGGGCCAAGAGCCUCGACGUCAACGUUUCGAGUAUGGUUUUGAUGGCCAAGUAUGCCGUGCCGGCUAUGGCUAGGAACGAAGGUGAGAACAAAGGCAGCAUCAUCAAUAUGGGCAGCGUCGCGGGGCUCAAAGGGGGAACACCUCACCUGCUUUAUCCCACGGCUAAGGGCGCGGUCGUCAACAUGACGCGCGCCAUGGCGGCUCAUCAUGCCAAGGACGGAAUUCGCGUAAAUUGUGUCUGUCCAGGAAUGCUGUACACUCCCAUGAUGUACGAAAAGGGAAUGACGGAGGAAGCAAGGGCAGCAAGGAAGGCGCGCAGCCUUCUUGGAACCGAGGGAACUGGUUGGGAUUGUGCAACAGCGGUUGUGUUCUUAGCUGGUCCGCACGCACGGUGGAUCACCGGCGCCAUAUUGCCGGUCGAUGCCGGAACAACGGCGGCGGUGGGAAUCGGCAUGCCCGCCGGUACGAGUGUUAAUAGUUAA